AUGACUUCGAUCCUGCAGAAUGGAAGGGAAACCCUGAGACAGCUGUCCAGGCGAACGGCCCAGAGUCUCCGAUCGCCACGAAGGCACCAUUCGUCCGAGCCUAACACUGUGCCUGAGAAGAACACAAAACCCGCCUCACAGCCUUCGUCACUCUCGUCAUCUCCGUCCUCUUCACCAAGCGUUGGUCCAUCUCCGAUCACCGCUUCAGCCGCGCCCACAGUCCCUGCUUUCCCCGUCCGCCGAACAGUUUUCCAGGUCAUCCAGGCAGGUCCCAUUGGGCGACUUGGACAAUCGUACUCGAGGGCUCAGCAGAGAAGGCCCUAUACGACGCAGCUGAUUAGUUCAGUUGUGAUAUAUCUGUGCGGCGACUUGAGUGCCCAGCUGCUGUUUCCCUCUGAGAGCCCGACGCCGAAAUCGCAAGCGUCAUCCGAGACCGAGCCUGCGCCAGCGGAGGAUGGCGAGGAACAGACUACUUCUGUUUCGAGUGGAGGGUAUGAUCCCUUGAGGGCUUUGCGGAAUUUGACGGUUGGGGUGGGAUCCGCGAUCCCGACGUAUAAAUGGUUCAUGUUCCUCCACAACAACUUCAACUUCCGGUCCAAGUUCCUAUCCAUCCUUACCAAAGUCUGCGUGCAGCAAUCGGUUUUCACCCCGGUUUUCAAUACAUACUUCUUCAGCCUCCAUUCGCUCCUCGCCGGGGCAUCCCUGGAAGAAACCUGGGAACGCUUGAAGGUGGCUCUCCCCGUCAGCAUCACGAACAGCGUCAAGCUCUGGCCCGCUGUCACGGCCUUUAGCUUUACGUACGUGUCCCCGGAAUUCCGCAGCAUCUUUUCCGGCGUGAUUGCCGUCGGCUGGCAGACCUAUCUCAGUUGGUUGAACCAGAAGGCGGCCCGGGAAGUCGAGGCGGAAAUGGCCGAAUCGGAACGUUUGUCUCAUACGGUGGUCUCGGAGAGCAUCAGUCCUUCAGCAGCGACGAUCAAGGCAUGA